UCUUAUCACAGCUGUUGUCCCUGAGCAGCCACCAGCCCCGAGCCCCUCCACACACUCGGCCCUCGCUCUCUCUCGCAGAUCUCUCUAACCAUGGAACCCUGUCCGGAGAAGGUCCUGGCAUCCACUGCUCCACCUAUCGAUCUGACCGAGGACCUGGCUCAGCAGCUGGAGGACAUCAUCAGCACCUAUCAGGCGGCCGAGACGCCAGCCGACCCAGAGGACAGCGGCGAGGUCACGGCGGUCAAACCGUCGGACUCUCGGCGGGAUCAGAAGCACGAGAAGAAGAUGUUGAAAAGCCUGGGGAAGGAAGCCAUGCUGCUUAUGCAAAGUUUGAGCAAACUCGACACUCCGGAGCAGAAACUGGAAGCCAUCAUCAAGAAGCACGCCGAGCUGUUGGAGGAGCACCGGAACGACCAGAAACAGAUGAAGCUCCUGCAGAAGAAACUUCUCCAGGUCAUCAAGGAGAAGGACCAGCUCCAGAGCGAGCACAGCCGGGCGGUUCUGGCCCGCAGCAAGCUGGAGGGGCUCUGUCGCGAGCUGCAGAGGCACAACAAGACCCUCAAGGAGGAGACGCUGCAGCGCUGCAGAGAGGACGACCUGAAGAGGAAGGAGAUCACCACCCACUUCCAGGGCACACUCAGCGAGAUCCAGGCGCAGAUCGAGGAGCACAGCACGCGCAACACCAAGCUGUGUCAGGAGAACAGCUCGCUGGCCGAGAAGCUCAAGGGCCUCAUCACCCAGUAUGACCAACGGGAGGCGAAUCUGGAGAAGGUCUUCAAGCACAGAGACCUGAAGGAGAAGCUGCUGGAGACCAAACUGCAGCAGGCCACCCUGAUGCUGAAGGAGGCCCAGGACAAGCACAAGCUUGAGAAAGAGCUGCUGCUGAAGCAGACGGCCGAGUCCAAGGUACAGAUGAAGAUGUUGAAGGAGCAGGAGGUGGACAUGAGGGCCCAGCUCGACAUGUACUCCAAGAAAUUCGAUGAGUUCCAGGGCAGCGUUUCCAAGAGCAACAGCGUCUACAGCGGCUUCAAACAGGACAUGGACAAAAUGACAAAGAAAAUGAAGAAGCUGGAGAAGGAGUGUCAAUCCUGGAAGAGCCGCUUUGAUGGCUGCAACAAGAACCUCAUUGAAAUGGUGACAGAUAGAGCUCUAAAGGAGAAGGAGUUUGAGCUUGUCACCGUGAAAAAUCAGAAGCUAGAGAGCCUGUGCAGAGCUCUGCAGGAGGAGAGGAAGAGUCUGCUGGGGAGAGAGCACCAGGAGGAGGGGCCAGACAAGAGCCCCGAGGAGGUCCCCUCACCUGCGACCCCAGCAGCAGAGACCCCGCUGACCCAGGAGCUAGCCAAGCUGAAGAGCGAGCAGGAGCUUCUGAAGGAGAUCGCCACCUCCUUUAAGAUCUCUCACAUGGUCCCCACAGAGGCCGAGCGAUCAGAGGGACCCUCGCAGGGGGACCCCACAGAGCAGGUCGACGGGGGAGAAGAACUCCAGGCACAGAGAGAUUUAGAAAUGGAGUCUGUCGAUUAAACA